AUGAAAAAUGUCUGGCAACAACUUACCAUAAAAAUAAAAAAUGAAUAUGGUAAGUUGUUGCAAGACAUUGAUGCAUCAACAAUUUUGAUAAUUCCACUUAAUUUAAUUGCAAAAAUUAAUGAUCAGGAUGGGCUUAUAGCGUUCCUGGAAGCCCAUCCUGAUCAUAAUGAGAAAUUAAAACAAAUUUCUUUCAAAGUGGAAUGUUCACAACAAGAUUUCUCUGCCUAUAAGAAGUUCUCACAAUUGGAGUCUAUCUUUGGGGUAUCAAUAGAGAGAAUGAACUCUGCCUAUAAGAAGUUCUUACAAUUGGAGUCUAUCUUUGGGGUAUCAAUAGAGAGAAUGAACGAAUUGCUGCAGUUAGAACUUCCACCUAGUGCGGAUAUGUCAUUAUACGAUGACAAUAUCAAUUUGGCUGUAGCUUACAUAAAGCUAAUCUUAAAAACAUCUGGAAGCUUAGACAAAUGUGAGAAUGAGGCAGAACGCACAGAUUUUGUUGCAACUAUUUUACGUGGAGUGGUUUCAACAUUUGACAAAAAUUAUAAUAUUAAGAUGCAUCGGGAAUUUAAUAUAUCUGGUACUUACGGGAAAGGUCAUACAGAUUUUGCCAUUACAUACAUUAAAAAAAUAUUCUGUGUGACAGAAGUUAAGGUUGUGGAUUUAGAGUAUGGAUUUUGUGAAAAUUUUAUUCAAGUGCAAACUGCCUGUCAACACAACCUUAAAGAUCUCAAGAGAAAAAGAGAUCAAAAUGAUUUUGAAUAUGUAUAUGGUAUGGUAAUGACAGGAGAUAAGUGGUACUUCACAAUGGUCACUUUCAAAAAUAAAUUUGUGGCAGUAACCAAAGAGCCUUUGAUACUCGGACUUCACAAAGUUAAGGUUAAUGAUGAACACCUUAAAAGUGAAGUAACCAAACUAUUUGCGACCAUUCGUGGAAUACUUUUGGCAAAAAUUAAUGAUAUUCCACCUGAAGAGCCUAAUAAAAAGAAUUUAAACAUAGGAGUUAAUUUUACACCAGCUAGAUUAACUCAAAGACAAAAAGAAAUGAGUUCACAAUUUAGAGCAACAAUUAUGGGAUUCAACGAAAACAUAAAUAUCCAAGAAAUGCAUGGUUUAUUGCUAGAUAUGGACGGACAGUUUUUUCGUGGUUAUGGACAAAGAUCAAAUUCUUACAGUAAAGGACAAAGAGGUUACGACAAUAAAAUACAGUCAUACAGUGGCAACGAAGGAAAAUAUAAAACAAACAGAAGAUUCAAUGGAAAUAGAGGAAACUACAACAAUGAUAAAUAUAAACCAAGGAAUAAUAACAAUGGAAACGAAUGUGAGAACAACAGUCAUCAUGGACAACAAUCAACAAAUGAACAUGCAACAGGAGCAAAUCAUAUACCAAUCAAUGGAUGA